GGGUUGUGCCCGAGACCUCUGCUAACAGUUACAGGUGCAGCCCGGAGAGCAGAGGGGCUGGUUGGUGUAGCCUAGCGUGGCAGCUGGCUUGGAGGAAAGCCUUGCUGAAGAGCCAUCUCACGGCAGAUCCCGGAGAGGAUGGGGCUUGGCGCGUAGGCGGAGGUAGUUACUGGUUGUACCAGUGCAAGGAUUUGCUUACAAUCAAAUACAUGACCAUGGGGGAUAUGAAGACCCCAGAUUUCGAUGACCUUCUUGCAGCCUUUGACAUACCAGACAUGGUUGAUCCAAAAGCAGCUAUUGAAUCUGGACAUGAUGACCAUGAAAGCCACAUAAAACAAAAUGCUCACACAGAUGAAGAUUCUCAUGCCCCAUCAUCAUCUGAUGUUGGUGUGAGUGUCAUUGUGAAAAAUGUGCGUACUAUUGAUUCUUCCGAAGGAGUGGACAAGGAUGGCCACCAUUCCACAGGCAAUGGCUUGCAUAAUGGCUUUCUAACGUCAUCAGCUCUUGAUAGUUACAGUAAAGAUGAAGGGAAGUCACUUAAAGAUGAUGGGUCAGCUUCUGAGACUACACUGAAGGAUUCCGCUUUCAACCAGUUUAGCCCAAUAUCAAGUGCUGAAGAAUUUGAUGAUGAUGAAAAAAUUGAGGUGGAUGACCCCCCAGAUAAAGAGGAGAUGCGUGCAAAUUUCAGAGCAAAUGUCUUGGCAGGAUCUGUAUCUCAGCAGGAAUAUGACAAACUAAAGGCACUUGGAGGGGAGAAUUUGAUUAAAUCUGGAAUCCCAGUUUCAAGUAGUAUAGAUAAAAAUAAAGUUGCUAAACGAGAGACAGAGACAAACUCCAUGAAUUUAAGUGUCUAUGAGCCUUUUAAAGCUCGGAAAACAGAGGACAAAUUGCUAAAAGACAAUUCUGAGAAGCUUCUUGAAAACAGGGUACUUGAUGGAAAACUGAGUACUGAAAAAAGUGAAGCAAAUCUUGCCAGCAUUUCACAGUCCAAAGCAAAGUCAUCAGCAAAGCUUUCUUCAUGCAUUGCUGCAAUUGCAGCACUGAGUGCUAAAAAGGCAGCUACAGAUACCAGUAAAGAUUUACAGUCUAAUUCAGGAGAAUCUUCUCCAUUACCAAAAGACAUGAGUGAAAGUCCGCGGGCUAUUGAAAAAUCACCUGAAUCUCAGAGUCUCAUUGAUGGUGCUAAAAAGCCAUCUAUCAAACCACCUGAUAGUCCCAGAAGUGUAUCAAGUGAAAACAGUAGCAAAGGGUCUCCAUCUUCUCCUGCAGGGUCAACACCAGCAAUUCCUAAAGUUCGCAUAAAAACCAUCAAGACUUCUUCUGGGGAGAUAAAGAGAACUGUUACUAGAGUGUUGCCAGAAGUUGAUUUGGACUCUGGUAAAAAGCCAGAGCAGACUGCUUCUAUGGUAACUUCCAUGACAUCUCUCCUGUCCUCACCAACUUCUGCUGCUGUUCUUUCCUCUCCUCCUAGAGCUCCUCUCCAGUCCACAGUUGUCACCAAUGCAGUUGCAUCUGCAGAACUUGCACCAAAACAGGUCACUAUCAAACCAGUGGCUACUGCCUUUCUCCCUGUUUCAGCAGUUAAAACAGCAGGUUCACAAGUUAUUAAUUUGAAGCUUGCUAACAAUACUACAGUGAAAGCCACUGUGAUAUCUGCUGCUUCAGUGCAGAGUGCCAGUAGCGCCAUUAUAAAAGCUGCCAAUGCUAUACAACAGCAAACUGUUGUGGUGCCAGCAUCAAGCCUUGCCAGUGCUAAACUUGUGCCAAAGACAGUCCAUCUUGCCAACCUUAAUCUUCUGCCUCAAGGUGCUCAAACCACCUCUGAACUCCGCCAAGUGCUAACAAAACCUCAGCAACAAAUAAAGCAGGCAAUAAUUUCUGCAGCAGCCUCACAGCCUUCUAAAAAAGUGUCUCGAGUCCAGGUGGUGUCAUCUCUACAAAGUUCUGUAGUGGAAGCAUUCAAUAAGGUGCUGAGUAGUGUCAAUCCUGUACCAGUUUACAUCCCAAACCUUAGUCCCCCUGCCAAUGCCGGAAUAACAUUACCAACACGAGGUUACAAGUGUUUGGAGUGUGGCGACUCAUUUGCUCUUGAGAAGAGCCUGACCCAGCAUUAUGACAGGAGGAGCGUGCGAAUUGAAGUGACAUGUAAUCAUUGUACAAAGAAUUUAGUUUUCUACAAUAAAUGUAGUCUUCUUUCCCAUGCUCGUGGACACAAGGAAAAAGGAGUUGUAAUGCAGUGUUCACACCUGAUUUUAAAACCAGUCCCAGCAGAUCAAAUGAUAGCAUCUCCUUCAAGCAAUACUGCUACAUCUAUGCUUCAAAGCCCUGUGGGAGUUGGCACGCAUACUGUAACAAAGAUACAGUCUGGCAUAACUGGGACAGUAAUAUCAGCCCCAGCAAGUACACCUGUCAUUCCAGCUAUGCCACUAGAUGAAGAUCCAUCGAAACUCUGUAGACAUAGUCUAAAGUGUUUGGAGUGUAAUGAAGUUUUCCAAGAUGAGACAUCUCUUGCAACUCAUUUCCAGCAGGCUGCAGACACAAGUGGACAAAAGACAUGCAAUAUCUGCCAGAUGCUGCUUCCUAACCAGUGCAGUUUUGCAUCACACCAGAGAAUUCAUCAGCAUAAAUCUCCAUACACGUGUCCUGAAUGUGGAGCAAUCUGCAGAUCUGUCCACUUCCAGACUCAUGUCACUAAGAACUGCCUGCAUUAUACCCGAAGAGUUGGUUUUCGCUGCGUGCAUUGCAAUGUUGUAUACUCUGAUGUGGCGGCGCUCAAGUCUCAUAUUCAAGGUUGUCACUGUGAAGUCUUUUACAAGUGUCCUAUCUGUCCCAUGGCAUUUAAAUCUGCUCCCAGCACACACUCCCAUGCCUAUACACAACACCCGGGUAUCAAGAUAGGCGAACCAAAAAUAAUAUAUAAAUGCUCUAUGUGUGACACUGUGUUUACUCUACAACCUUUGCUCUAUCGCCACUUUGAUCAGCACAUUGAAAACCAGAAGGUGUCUGUUUUCAAGUGUCCAGACUGUUCUCUUCUAUAUGCACAGAAACAGCUUAUGAUGGAUCAUAUCAAGUCUAUGCAUGGAACUUUGAAAAGUGUUGAGGGGCCACCAAACCUGGGGAUAAAUCUGCCUCUCAGUACUAAACCCACAACUCAGAACUCAGCCAGUCACAACAAAGAGGACACAAAAUCUAUCAACGGAACAGAAAAGUUGGAGAAGAAAUCUCCUUCUCCCAUAAAGAAAGCAGAGCCUAAAAAAGUCGCUAAUCCUGGCUGGACGUGUUGGGAAUGUGAUAGGCUCUUCACUCAGAGAGACGUUUACAUCUCUCACAUGAGGAAAGAACAUGGAAAGCAAAUGAAGAAACAUCCAUGUCGACAAUGUGACAAAUCUUUCAGUUCAUCCCAUAGUUUAUGUCGUCACAAUCGUAUCAAGCACAAAGGCAUUAGGAAGGUUUAUACAUGCUCGCACUGCCCAGAUUCAAGACGUACUUUUACCAAGCGGUUGAUGUUGGAAAAACAUAUUCAGUUGAUGCAUGGCAUUAAAGACCCUGACGUGAAAGAAAUGACUGAAUCAACCAAUAUGGAAGAAAGGGAAGUAAAAGAAGACACAAAGGUUCCUAGUCCAAAGCGUAAAUUGGAAGAACCUGUACUGGAAUUCAGGCCUCCACGAGGUGCAAUUACUCAGCCAUUGAAGAAGCUAAAGAUAAAUGUUUUUAAAGUUCACAAGUGUGCUGUUUGUGGCUUUACAACAGAAAAUCUUCUCCAGUUUCAUGAACAUAUUCCUCAGCAUAAAUCUGAUGGCUCUUCCUACCAGUGCAGGGAAUGUGGACUCUGCUACACAUCUCACGUGUCCCUCUCCAGACAUCUCUUCAUUGUACAUAAGCUGAAGGAGCCUCAGCCAGUAUCAAAACAAAAUGGGUCUGGGGAAGAUAAUCAGCAAGAAAAUAAACCCAAUCAUGAGGAUGAAUCAUCUGACAGUACGGCAUCAGACAGAAGAUGCAAAGUGUGUGCAAAGACUUUUGAAACUGAAGCGGCCUUAAACACUCACAUGAGAACACAUGGCAUGGCCUUCAUUAAGUCAAAAAGAAUGAGUUCAGCUGAAAAGUGAUCAGAUUAUUUGGGACGCAGAAAUCUCUCUCCACAUUGGAAUACUAAUGACAUUUUUGCUACAGAAAGUUCAAGGUAUAAUAGCGUUAACAGUACUGUUCAGGCUGUUGCAAUAUAUUCUGCAUAAAAGUGUCCCCUUCACCUCAUUGUCUAUACCCUCAAAACCAUUGAAGCAGUAUUUGAGUUGAAGAGUUUGUACAUAUUUAAACUAAUAACUUUUAUACUCUUUGUUAUGUGUUUGUAUCGGUAUCUAGUGGAAAAUUUGGGUUUUUCUGUUUUGUUUCUGUUUUUUUCUAGUAAGUUUCUUUAAAACAGAGUUCUGAAUGCUGGGGCAGUUCCUUAGGUUCUCUUAAACUGUUUCUUAUUUGAGUGCUUCUGAAAGAAAGUUUAGCUAAUGGAAGUGCAUCAGAAG